AUGAGCUCCCUCACUGUUUUCAGAUCGGCUCUUACCAGAUCCAGCAUUCGCUCCGCUACUCCUUUCAAGGCCGCCGUUUCGGCUCUUUCCCAGAAGCGUUUCAACCACGGUAACCCCAUUGGUGGCUCUACAUACAAUGUCCCCGACUACUCUGAUUACUUGAGAGAGGACAGAAACUCCGACUCCAACCGUGCCCUUUCCUACUUCGUUGUUGGCACCUUUGGCAUGGUCUCUGCUGCCGCCGCCAAGUCCACCGUUCAGGACUUCCUUUCUUCCAUGUCUGCUUCUGCUGACGUUCUUGCCUUGGCCAAGGUCGAGGUCAACCUUGCCGCCAUCCCUGAGGGCCGCAACGUCAUUGUCAAGUGGCGUGGUAAGCCCGUGUUCAUUCGUCACCGCACUGCCCACGAGAUUGCUGAGGCCAACGCUGUCAACAUUGCUUCCCUCAGAGAUCCCCAGACCGACGCUGAUCGUGUCAAGGACCCCUCUUGGCUCGUCAUGCUGGGUAUUUGCACCCACUUGGGUUGUGUCCCUAUUGGUGAGGCUGGCGAUUUUGGCGGCUGGUUCUGCCCAUGCCACGGUUCGCACUAUGACAUUUCUGGCAGAAUCAGAAAGGGCCCUGCUCCUCUUAACCUCGAGAUUCCAGAGUACGAGCUCAAUGGCGACGACCUCGUCAUUGGUUAA